AUACUCUUACUCAAGCUAAAUUUGUUAUUUGGCUUCUUAAAGUUGAAGAAAGUUGGAUUUCUAAUAUUACAAAAGAUAUUGCUAAUAUUCAACUUUUUAAUAAUAUUGUCCUUUUUUCUAAAAGAUUAAAUGAUCUAAUCCAUUUUGCUUAUUCUGAAUUUACACCAAAUACUAAUUCUUAUUAUUUUGUUGAGUGA